AUGCUCAACAAGGUUCGCGGCAAAGGCGCCAAAAAAGUGGUCAAAGAAGGAGGAAGUUCAGUGGCCAGCAACGAGGUAAAUGACAGCAGGAGUCCUACAAGAGGUGAUCAUGGAAACAGUCGAUUAUCAACAGCCACUCGAUCUCGUCGCCGUCAACAGCAAACAUCACCCUCAUCACACUCAUCAACACCGUUGAUCACCUCAUCAAUCAGCCUGCUGAACAGUGCCGUCGCCAAGCAGACGCCCAACUUUGUGCUGAAGCAACGGCGGAAUGACAAACUCUUGCGUCUGAACGUUUCAACCACUUCGACGACGACGACCACUGAACUUCCACUGCCUUCAUCUGAACAUCCAAUCACCACCACCGCCAACAACAGCACCAGCAUCCUCAACAGCCUCGUCAAGGAGCUCAAUCUGGCGCUCAAGGACCGCCUUCGUCAGCUGGAGAGCUACAACCAGACGGUGAGGCAGGCGCUGGUCAAUUCCUCUCCGGAAAUGGCAACUACCACAACAACAACCUCUACAAAUGGACAGCCGGAAACGACGGUGGCACCUUUCAUUACGACGAUGCAAACAACGGCUGAAGCAGAAGCUUCACCGACGCUCAAAGAUGACUCCAGUGAGUUGGCCUCAACUACCACUGUUGCUCCAGUAGUGGUGGCUUUGACCACCACUUCUUCUUCUUCUUCUGAAGAGGAUGAUGACGACAAUAAUGAAAAGCCUGUUAAUAUAGAAAGUAUCACCACCACCACUACCACAACACCCCCCGAGAUGACAACACUUUCAUCAACAAACUCCAGUGAUGAGUUCAGCGAUGAGGAAGGUAGCAAAGAGGAUGACGAUGAGGUGAUGAACUUAACGACCACGACUUCAAUGGCCUCAACCAUGACUACCACCUCCACCACUUCAUCACUACUAACUUCCUUUUCUGAAGAAGAAGAAGAUGAUGAUGAUGAAACUACCAGUUCAGAGGAGGCCAACAACUCUAUCACCACCACCACCACCACCUCUACAACAACUACUUCAGCACCAGAGACAACAACAAAGGCAACAGCAAUCACAACAAUUGCCACAACUCCAAUUUCAACUACUACCACUACAACCACAAAGACAAUAGCUCCUUCUUCUUCUACAGCAAAAUCUUCCGCCAAAAAAGAUUUGCGUAAAAAGGCGGCAAAGUCAGCAGCAGCAGCAUCUUCUUCUAAACUCUCAGCUUCUAAAUCAUCAAAAAAGUCCAAAGUGAAAAGUGCAACACUUAAAAACAGCAGCAUCAGCAGCAGCAAAAACAACCUAGAUCGUUCCACUGCCUCUGCCUCCUCAACAGCAAAGGUGACCAUCAAACUUCCAAAAUCCACUACCACUACUACCACAACUUCUUCACAAAGUAAAAACUCAACAGAAAGCAGCAGCGAGCCCUCUUCAUCCUCCUCAUCUGCCCCAAUUCAGCUGCGCAUGAAUGUCAGCCUGAUAAACAGCAAAAAACGAAAGACUGCUGCAAGUGCAAGCAACGACAACAAAGCAAAGCAGAAAAAAAGUGGCAGCUUGAACUCAACUGGAAAGCAGCAGCCUCAAACGGUGUUAGAAAAUACUAACAAGAAAAGCAGCAACAUUUCUUCCUCCUCUUCAGCCUCUUCAAAGUUAAAACACACAAGCGACAACAGCAAAAUGGACAAAAAUUCUACACCAAAGAAAAAGGAACAGUUUUCAGUCGGCAGCAAAUCUACCAUUAAUUCCACUUCAACCACUACCACCACAAGUCCCUCAACUUCCAAGUGGAACUCUGGACAGCUCAUUUGGAGUCUCUGGAAUCCGACCAGUGGCAUGACGCCAGCAAAAACCUCUACUUCAACCUCAACUACAACUUCAAAACCAGCAGUAACAGCAAAGGCAUCAUCAACUGAGAAAAAACCACAGCCAGCAAACAGUAGCCACGACGUCCUCGAGCGUCGUCCGCCGGGGCCGCCAAAGAUUCCCAACAACUUCGGCUUUGCCAAUGCCAUUCACCGUGACUCGCACAUCUUUGACGAGGAGAUCAUCAUUGACAGUGAUGAGGGGGAGGAAGAGGGAGAGGUGGCGGGAGAGUUGUCGAAACAGCCCAAAUCUUCUUCAACAAAUCAGCAAUCACCUAAAAACAACAGUCAAAAGAUUGCGGGAGAAACACAGCAGCCUUCAACAAAACCAACAGCAAAAAGGGUUGAACGAAAGCGAGAUUUUGAUGACAAUGACGACGAGGGCAACGGCGACGAUGACGAAGACGAUGACCUGGCGGACACGAAUGUGCCCGGGACGCCGGGCGUCGAUUACCCGAUUCUGGGGCACAUUCCCGAGACGGCCUUUGACUGCAGCCGUCAGCAGUACCCGGGCUUCUACUCGGACAUGGAG